CGACUAAUUAGAAAGCAAUGAAAAAAGAAAAAAACCCACACGAGUGUAUUUGCUAUUUAAUCUUUAUUAAAAAAAACAUAAAAACAUCGACAUUCACUUAUUUUAUUUCAGUUUCAGUUGAGUCCACAUCGUUGAAUCGUCAAAACCCCAAUUGAUCCUCUCAGAAUCUUCACUUCCAUUCAAUUCAAUACAAUAAAACCCCUUCAAUGUUAUUCUUAUAACUCUUUCAUUUUCCUAUGUGCAAAACCAAAAUGGCCAUUAACGCUUCUACCCCAAAAUCAACCCCACGUUCACAACAACGAACAAACCAAACACCAAAAAUAACAUCAUCAUCAUCCUCAAAAACAUCAUCAUCAAACCCCACAAAACCCAAAACACCUUCUUUCUCCGACCACCCUUCAACCUCCUACGCCACCACAAGCGGCUCCACCGGCUUCCAUCUCUCAACCGACACAUCCAUCUCAAGCCCAACAUCUCUCACCAAAUUCCGCAACACACUCCCAGAAAAUCCCAACAUCUACGACUUCUCCGAAAUCUGUUCCGCCACAAACAACUUCCUCUCCAAACGCUACUCUUCCUCCACCCCUUGCUGGCACUGUACACUCCGUGGCGCUGACGUCAUCAUCUUCCAACGCAAAUUCCGACGCAAACUCCAAACCUCCCAGCUUCGCCAACUGCUCUCCGUCGUCUGCCGUAGCCACCACAUCAGCAUCGUCAAACUCCUCGGCGUUUCAAUCUCCGGCGAACAUAUUUACCUCGUAUACGAAUUCGUUAACGGAGCUAACCUCUCCGAUUGUUUACGUAACAACAAAAACGUUCAUUUCACCGUUCUUUCUACAUGGAUUUCGAGAAUGCAAGUCGCGACCGAUCUCGCUCAUGGACUUGAUUACAUUCACAGUAAAACCGGUUUGAAUUUCAAUUUCGUUCAUAAUCAUAUCAAGAGUAGCGCAAUUGUUGUUACCGAACCUGAUUUCAACGCUAGGGUUUGUCAUUUCGGUGCGGCUCAGCUCUGCGGUGAAGCCGUUGAGGAAAACGAAAUCGCCACCAAACAAUUGGGGGAAAACGAAAUCACGGAGGAACCUAGAUCCAAGGAGUUCAGAAGCUCCAACGUGCAGUUCGAAGGUGUUAGGGGUUACAUGUCGCCGGAGUUUCAGUCUACCGGCGUGGCGACGCAGAAGUCUGAUGUGUAUGCUUUUGGUGUGGUGAUUCUGGAGCUUUUGUCCGGUGAGGAACCGUUGAAGUUUAAGUUUGACGAGAAGAGCCGUGAUUUUGUGAGGAAAUCGGUGAUUGAGUCGGCGAGAGCCGCCGUGGACGGUGGCGACGGUAGCGUAGAAGGGAAGCUGAGGAUGUGGGUGGAUAGGAGGUUGAAAGAUUCGUUUCCGGUUGAUGAUGCUGAGAAGCUGACACGUGUAGCGUUGGAUUGUGUACAUGUGGACCCUGAUCAGAGGCCUAACAUGGGACGCGUCGCAGGGAAGAUUUCCACUUUGUAUUUAAAGUCAAAGAAAUGGUCUGAUAACAUGAAAUUGCCUGAUAUGUCUUUUUCAUUGGCUCCUAGAUGAGUUUUUCUAAUUCAUAGGACACAUUUUUAAAAUAAAAAUUAUUAUUUUUUAAUUGAAAGAACAAGUCAUUAUGAUAUGAUAAGAGAGAAAUGUAGAGGAAUUGAUUUUAUUGUUAGUUUUUUAAUUAGUAGUGAUGAUUGAUAUUUUCUUUAAUAUUGUUUUUGGAUGAUUCGACUGUGACACGAGUUGUGGAAGAUGUAUAUAUAUAUUUAAUUAUUAACAGCAUAGUUUUUUGGUUUGA